AUGCAUCACGUAGCAUCCGUAUCCCAGGAGAUCCUGCUCGUAAGACUAUAUCUUCCUCGAGCCCUUCAGUUGUGCCUUAGCGCAUCUCAACGAGCCGUUUGGGUUCCCGUUAACGAGAUGGGGUCAGAUAACCCUAGGACAAUUUCUGUGGAGCGUAACGAAGAUUCCUUCCUAGUCCACAGUGUUGCGACGUCGCCUUACAGCAGCAGUUUUGCGACUGUCGGGUCUAGCUGGGCUGUCACCUUGCUUACUCUACUAUCUCCUAUUGAAUUACCAUAUGGUCGGUGGAUUUGCGACGACCGAAGGUUGCUGAUACUGUCCGCCAAGAUGAGACAGCUUAGACAACACCCUCCUCUAUUGCCGUGGAAAGUCGGGUUCGAUGUUGUGAAGGAGCCCAUGGGGCUGGCCCGUGCCUCUUUAUGCCUGGAUCCUGGCUCAAAUUCAGCGACUGAAAUUUUUUGGCUCCUGAUGGUGGCUUGUCUUUCCUAUGUCUCCGCAAUACUGUGGAUCCGUAUGACGACCGCAGCAAAUCUCCUCUCAAAUGUCUUUGGAGGUGCCUAUCUGUCCCGUCACCGCCGCCUCUUGACAUUCGCGGUUGGCGUCUACGGGAAGACGAGCUCUAACUCACCACGAGCAGGUUCCAGGCAAGCCGCGUUCUCCGCAGCUGCCGGCAGCACUCUCCUCGGGCAGAAUACAUCACCUUGGAUCCCAUCAUCAAGGACCUGUCUCGUUCUGAAUACGUUUGCGACUCAGGAAGAGAACGGGGAAGCCGCUCUCAGGACGCUCUCCUAUUACAGCGGCUGUGUCCGGGCAGGCUCCAUACUUGUCCCGGUACGCGAUACUAUGCAUGGGCGCCCUUCACCUGCCCUCUCUAACCUCUGUCCGAUGCGCUUGUGGCACGUCGACAUUCGAGGCACCGCCGAGCGGGGUGCGCAGCAAUGCAGGCAUUUGCAGCCCCGAGCAUCCCCCCGCAGCAGGAAACCCAUCAGGCCCGUUGACAGUAUUAUCUUCCAUGCGAGCCUGCUGCCUCGGACAUAUCCUAUCAGCAGAGUCAGUGCGAGCGGGACCGUGCAGCGGCUGCUGGCCUGGAGGACCCGAAUGCGGUCGGUAGCCUCAUUUCCGGCUUCCGUUCCUCCUGUCAGAGAUCCAGGCAGGCACCUUCGAUUGACAAAGAUCAUGAUUGUGGACGACGUGCGAGUGGACGCCGGCCGCGGGGACUGCGGGUUUCCCACGAGGCCCGUCUCGCCACCACAAAGCCACAUGGAUACCAUCGCUCUGGCGGGGUCGUUCUUUCCCGGUCACUCGAGUUCCGCGGAGAGUUUAUACCUCCCUCCACGAAAACGUGGUAAGGAGUGCCUAAAGUCACUAUCGGGGUUUGAGCUAGUCAACGGCUUCCGCUCCACUUGGUCAGAGAAACACGUUUUGAGGUGCGCGAUGCCCUUUGUUGUCCGUUUCGGGUCCCAAGGCUCUGGAGACGAGAGGGAGCGGGGGAAAGCUCUCCAGACUCCAGUGUAUUACACUUGGAUAUACCGUGCUUCUCGUGGCUGGAAGCGCGUCGAUGCCGGCUUUGCCGUCGCUGUCAUCUCCCAGAGUUUAGUGGAGGUGUAUUUGUAUGAUGAACAGACUGUUUGCUUGAGCGUGGGCAGCGUUAGACCAAGCGCCGAGCGGUGCAUAGCAAUCACGCAGCGUCUGUCAUAUUUUCGGGCCACAAAGACGACCGUCCCAGUGCGGGAGCGGCGGCAUGUGGCAUACAUCGUCUACAGUGAAUUGCAUCGAGAGCGGAACGGUGCCGCAACCUGUUCCGCUCUCACCUGGGUCGCUGAGCAUGCCCGGGAGGACGGCUUGGGACUGGGUUUCCCGAAAGAGCGACUAGGCGUUAUACCGGGCGCGGUGAUGCUCACAUCUCCUUAUCCGUGCCCGCCGCACCGAUGGUUGGCGCUGUCACCGGGGACGCUCAUUAAUCGCGAGCAGCAGACGUCGCGAAGUCGCGAGCGUCUGUUCGGCAUAGAGAACGCGUGCACGAGGCGCGAGGAUGUCCAUAGGCGUCACGAUCGACAGGCGUUUGCGGUAGGUUGGGCCCACUGGCACGCUGGAAAGCGGUUGGCACUCCGACGGGGCGUGAGAAAGUGA